UAAUGCAAGGAACUCUUUCAGACUCACCCAACCAGCAGCUAACUUCCUCUAUGAAGAGAGUAAGGCUGUUCUCCAUUUCACAAUGGUCUCCCUUGAAGAAGAUGCAGAAUUUUGCUUCAAGCUGUUCAGAGAGAUAGAUAACCACCAAGGAGGUGGAAAUGUGUUCUUUUCCUCUCUGAGCCUCUUCGCUGCCCUGGCCCUCAUUCGUUUGGGUGCGAGAGGUGACUGUGCUUCUCAGAUUGAUAAGAUGCUUCACUCGAAUACUGUCUCAGGACCUGGAAACUCUUCUAAUACUCAGCAAGGACUCCAAUCUCAACUGGAAAAAGUUCUCUCUGAUAUAAACAAAUACCACAAGGAUUAUGAACUCAGCAUUGCCAAUGGACUUUUUGCAGAAAAAGUGUUUGAUAUUCAAAAGGACUAUAUUGAGCGUGCCAAGAAAUUGUAUAAUGCCAAAGUGGAAAGAGUUGACUUCACAAGUGGUGUAGAAGACACCAGAUAUAAAAUUAAUAAAUGGAUUGAAAAUGAGACACAUGGCAAAAUCAAGACCGUCUUUCACAAAGGUACCAUAAGCUCCUCAGCUGUGAUGGUGCUGGUGAACACCGUGUACUUCAAAGGCAAGUGGGAGUCAGCCUUUGACAAGAGUGAGACCCGAAAUUGCCGUUUCAAAUCUCCCAAGUGUCCUGGGAAAGUAGUGGCCAUGAUGCAUCAGGAACGGAAGUUCAAUUUGUCUGUCAUUACAGACCCAUCCAUGCAGGUUCUUGAACUCAGAUAUUGUGGUGGCAUAAGCAUGUACAUACUGCUGCCUGAGAAAGACAUACGCCAAAUUAAAAACAAACUGACCUUUCGCAAUCUAAUGGACUGGACCAAUCCAAGAAAACUGAGAUCUCAGUAUGUUGAGGUGUUUUUACCUCGGUUCAAGAUGGAGAAGAAUUAUGAAGUCAAGCACUAUUUAAAAACCCUAGGGCUGAGAGAUAUAUUUGAUGAAACCAGAGCUGAUCUCUCUGGUAUAGCUGCAGGUGGCCGUCUAUACGUAUCAAACCUGAUGCACAAGUCUUACAUAGAGGUUACCGAGGAGGGCACAGAGGCGACUGCCGCCACAGGAAGCAACAUGGUAGAAAAAAUAUCCCCUGAGUCUACGGUGUUCAGAGCUGAUCGCCCAUUCCUAUUUAUCAUCAGGAAGGAUGACAUCAUCUUGUUUAGUGGCAAAGUCUCUUGCCCUUGAAAAUCCAAUUGGUUUCUAUCAAAAUAGUCCCUGCAACAUCAAGGAACCACUCACAAGUGAAUAGAUUUAAAUUUAAUUGGAUGCACAUGGCAUUUCCUUUGGUUUUACUUCCUUCUAACAUUGGUUGGCAGAUGAUUUUGGUGACUUGACCCUCCUUAGACACCUGGCUGAUUGUCCUGAUCUUGCUCUUAGCAUUCCUACCACCAUUGGCCUCACUCAUUUCUAAUUUCAUUGUCUUUCUACCCACACUGAUUUCUAUCAGUCUUCACCAUAGCCACUUGCACAAAGAGCUGAGUAUAAUAGCUGGGAAUUGCAGAAUGCUCUACUGGUAAUGGUAGAGUAGUAAUGUAGAAGCAGCCCUAGGGAUCUUUUUUUUGAAAAUGUAGUUAUCACAGAUAUUCUAGUUUCAUUGUAAAUGAUCUAGGAAGUAAGUCCAGCUGCUGCAAAUAAGUGUGAAGGAUUACUUUUCCUUGCUGAAAUAAGAAGACAUUAGUUUACUUUCAUACAUCUGAUUUGAAAUUAGUAUCUAAUCUAGAUGCUAAAAAAAUGUGGAUUUGGGAUUGGGGGCCAACCGAAAUGUUUCAUUAAUAUUGAUAACUUCAAGUUGACAUCUUUUGGCCUUUCCUUGAUAGAGACUUGAUAUGUACAUAGUUUCUCAAAUAUUAAAUAUCUUUUAACUGUUGCAGUUAUUAUUUACAGUGUAUUAUUUCAUAUGCUGUGUAGUUUGUAAGUUUUUUCUCUAUUUAUCAGAAUAAAGAAAUACAAAAAAAUUGUA